AUGCCAGCGAACGAAAAAUUAGAACUCAGUGCCACACAAUCCGAUAUAGCUGUACUGCAAGAAAAAGGUUUUAUAUUGGAGAAAAUAGUGGGAGAAGGUUCAUAUGCGAAAGUAAGCGCUGAAUACUGGCUCUUCAUAUUUCAUACCACUAGGGUUUAUGGAACCUUCUUCUUUCAGGUGUUUAAAGCGACUCACAUGGUCGAUGAGACCCGGCACACAGUAAUGGCAUGCAAAGUGAUAGAUACCGCGCAGGCACCUCGCGACUACCUCACCAAGUUCUUACCGCGCGAACUUGACGUACUCAUUCGUGUCAAUCAUCCCCACAUCGUGCACGUCUCUAAUAUCUUCCAACGCCGCGCAAAAUAUUUUAUUUUUCUUCGUUUCGCUGAGAAUGGAGAUCUGUUAGAUUUCCUCACGCAGAACGGAGCCGUCCCCGAAAACCAGAGCAGGCUGUGGAUGCGUCAGAUUCUCUCCGGCAUUCAUUACAUACACACACUUAACAUCGCGCACAGAGAUUUGAAGUGUGAAAACAUUUUGAUAACCGCUAAUUACAAUGUUAAAAUAACAGAUUUCGGUUUUGCUCGCAAUGUGAGGCAGAGGGAUCGGGACGUACUUAGCGAGACGUAUUGCGGUUCACUGUCUUAUGCAGCCCCGGAAGUGUUGAAGGGUGUACCGUAUCUACCGAAGUUGGCGGACAUGUGGUCCAUCGGUAUCAUCAUGUACACGAUGCUUAAUAAAGCACUGCCGUUCAAUGAAACUUCAGUGAAGAAAUUGUAUGAGAAACAGGUGAUGCGUAAGUGGCGAUUCCGCACGGGUGUCGUGAACCAGCUUUCAACGGAAUGCAAGCAGCAAGUAACGCAGUUGAUGGAGCCUGAAGCCAAAGCGCGUCCCACGGCUGGGGCAAUUUUCAACGGGGCCUGGAUCGCAAUGGACACCAGACUUACGAAGUUGACCUUCCUUGAAGAGUCCUUACUGAAGCAGGCUCAAGAGGAAUCCCAAAGGAGGGAAAUGGAGAAUUUCGAAGAGGAGAGCGAAGUUGAACGACUCGCGGAAUUGCGGCGCAAGGGACGAGGAAAAGGUGAUAAAUAG